UGGAGGCGGCCGAGGCCCGACGGCGGUAGCGGUCUCCACCUCCGCCGCCUCUGCCGGCGAUGCCUCCAGCCGCGCCUCCGCCUCCGCCCGCGCUAGCCGGCCGCCACCUAUGCCUCCACCUCCGCCGACGCCUCCCCCCGCCUCCCGGCCGCCAACGCCACCGAUGCCUCCCUCACCUCCACCACCGACCGCGCUAGCCGCCGGAUCCGACCUCCACGAGGCCGGGGAUGCGCAGAUACCGCCUCCUCCAUCCCCACCCACCGGACACCUCGCAGCAGUGGAGUGCCUCUUCGAGACCCUCCGCUGCCUCCCCGGUGGCUGCGAGCGCGGCGCCUCCACCUGCAUCUCCUGUAGCUGGUUCAUCAUGGAGGACGACGAACUGUCAGCCAGUGUGCCCCUUUUGUGAAUGAUAUGAUAUUGUUGUAUGAUAAAUUCUUGCCAUCCCCUUUGUGAAUGAUUGCUAUAUGAGAUGGUGAUGCGGUGAUGGAGGAUAAUGAACUGUUGGUCAGUUUGAAGUUUUUGUGAUGUGGUCAGUUUGAAGUUUUUGUGAUGCUGUCAGUUUGAUGAUAGCAAGCACCACCAUUGUAGGGUUUUUUCACACCUGUGACGGGUUGCAAUCUAUUUUUCUUUUUUUU